CCAUCACAACUUCUGGAGCAAAUUCCCGCAUUGACACGAGAAGUGGAUAGGUUGCGUACCACCGAAGAACAACUGAGUCUCCACAAAAGGCAACUCGAUGAGUUACGUGAUGAAUAUGGCGAUUUACAAAAUCAGGGUACGAACUGCCGGUUUUGCGCUGAGAUACCUCUGUGCUUAAUCAACACCUCUCUGUGA